UUGAACUCAUUGAGUUCAGCAUGAGGGAGGAAUGCAUCCCGUGGUGGUAUAAUGCCACAGUUGGCUUUGAGGGCUGUCCCUAUGGCAGGCGCUUGCCUGGAGACGUGACCUUACCCAACGAUGCUCGCUUCAUUGAUUGGGUUGCCGUCGUUUAUAGUUACAUUCCCUUUGUGGUGCCAGUGCUAGUCUUUGCCGAGCUCCUUUGCACCAGAGGAACACGCCAAUUGUCAGUCUUGCUCUUCACUGGCAUGACCACUCUGAUGAACGAGCUCCUGGUGAAGCCGUUUUUUGCGACAGCGCGCCCUGGAGCCUUUGGUCCAGCACCUGGGGCGUUGACCGACAGUUUCGGGCAACCUGCUGGCAGCUGCAACACUACCUGCGGCAUGCCAUCGUCCCAUUCAACCAUGGCAAUAGGUUUCCUGAUGCUGACCAUGUUCGAUGGCAUUAUCCGCUUGAAACCAGAUAGCAACGUGCUGACUCAGGACAAGGACGAAGUUGAAAUGCAGCAGCGGUUGAAAGAAAUGAUAUCAGUGACACCACUUGCCCCAAAGCGAGUGAUGAGCAAUACGGAGUUUCUGGGUUUUUAUUUCACUUGGCAACUUCUGCUUGGCCCUGUCCCCCUGAUGCGAGUGGUUCUGCACGACCAUACGGCAGCUCAAGUGUGCUUGGGAGGCAUGCUUGGAGCAGUGUAUGCAGUGCUUUGGUUUCGCUUCACGAUUUACAUGAUCAAUCGCUACAAGCACAAGGUGGGCCAUCGGUUUUUCUGCGGUUUGCUUAAGCACAACUACGCCCCAGUUGCGAUGCGUGUCAUGGCAAGACCAAGUGGUCAGGACGGCACCUGGCAAGAGUUGCAGUGGGAUGCGAAGAUAGAGGAGGUGGAGGCCGAAAAUGUGGAAACUGGCGCUGCAAGUUCCGAGGAGACCGAAUGAAAGCCACGAAUGGAAGUUGGGCUCUAGAAGGUUUGUUCGUCCGAAAGAUGAUCUGACCAGUGAUGAGGUCACCGGGUCACUGCUGGGUGCUGUAGUUCGUUGUGGAACAAACGCAGCGUCCAUUUGGUCCAUGCUCAAUGGAAGUGUCGAAGAAAG